CUUUCCACAGCUUAAGCACCCUCAUUUCACAGCCACCAACUAGUUAAACAAUACUAGUGUUGUCAUAGCCAUGGACUCCUCCAAGCUCUCAGCUCUUCUCCUUCUCAUGCUGUUCAUCUCCUCCGCCCCCAUAGCCAUGGCAUGUGAAGCCUGCCGUCAUUUCUCUCCCAAGACUCCCAAGGGACCCAUCAGCCUUCCUAUCAUCGGCAAACCACCCAUCACCCUUCCUCCCAUCAUCGGCAAACGGCCUAUAACUGUCCCUCCGGUCAUCGGCAAACGGCCUAUAACUAUCCCUCCGGUCAUCCGUAAACGGCCUAUAACUAUGCCUCCUAUAACUUUCCCUCCUAUCACCGGCAAACCACCCACCACUACCCCUCCGGUGGGCAAACGGCCUAUAAUUACUAUCCCUCCGGUCAUCUCUCCUAUAACUAUGCCUCCAAUCAUCGGGGGACCGCCUAUGACUCUACCUCCAAUCAUCGGAGGACCGCCUAUAAGUCUGCCUCCGAUCAUCGGGGGACCGCCUAUGACUCUACCUCCAAUCAUCGGAGGACCGCCUAUAAGUCUGCCUCCGAUCAUUGGGGGACCGCCUAUGACUCUACCUCCAAUCAUCGGAGGACCGCCUAUAAGUCUGCCUCCGAUCAUCGGGGGACCGCCUAUGACUCUACCUCCAAUCAUCGGAGGACCGCCUAUGACUCUACCGCCUAUAAGUCUACCACCCAUAAAUCUCCCUCCGAUCACCGGCACGCCACCGGUGACCGGAAACCGAGGCUGCCCGACACCCUGUUCAGCAACGACCUGCCCGAUCGACGCGUUGAAGCUCGGUGCCUGUGUAGACCUCCUUGGCUCAACAGUGCACAUUGGUGACCCUGAAGUGGAGUGCUGCCCAGACAUUUUGGGCCUCGCCGGAGUUCAGGCCGCAGCAUGUCUGUGCACCACAAUAAAAGCUAAGCUGCUCGACAUCAACGUCGUCCUUCCUAUCGCACUCAAACUCCUCGUCACCUGCGGAAACGCCGCCCCUCCUGGUUACACGUGCCCUGCAUAAACGUAGCCGCCUGGAGUCAUCUUAAUGAGAACCAAAAGGGGUUCAAACUGGUAGAUUUGAGGAGACAUGAGAGGAUGCCUGAGUAGAUCUCUUCUUUUGUUUUUCUUUCGUUGUACAUUUGUAUUGUUUUGGUGCAAUUGUUCAUGGUGGUGUCUUUAAUUAUUGGAAUGGACUUUUUGCCUUCUCUUAUUUUCUUUUCUGGUGUAUUUCUGUGUCCCAACAAAUAAACAGCUCCCGUAGCUUUCUUUUA